GGUAUAGAUAAGGCAUAGAACAUAUUUUGCGAGAAUCAAGCUUAAGACAGGCAGUGUGUCAUUUACGGAAAUGUAGAGAGGGGGAGAGGAAAAAGGGUUGACCAUUGCCAUAAAACGCUAGGCCCGCAGCCUCCCACCAUCUCUGAGUCUCUGGUUUUCGAAAACGCCGCCGGCGUCGUGUUCUGCCGGAGGCCACCGCAUCUUCUCAUCCGAGCACCUCCGCCCUUCUCCCUUUUUGGCAUUCUCACCGCCUACCGCCACCUGCGGCCAUUAUCUAACUCUCCUCGCUCCGAUCUGGCACGGCCGCCCUCCCCUGUUGCCCUUGCUCCAUCUCUCAUCACCGCAAGCCACCACCGCCUCCGAUCUCUUUGUCUUUUCACUGUUUUCCCUCUCUGCCGGGGCCACUACUUCAUCCAUCGCCGUCGCCCCGUCGAUCUGCCUCCUUCACCGUCUUCGGCGCCACCCAAUCACCGCAACCCACUGUUCCGACGCCGUCCGAUUGACAUCGAAGCCGCCGCCAUUCCGUCUUCCUCUCUCUUUUUCUGCCCCUCUAGCCACUGGCAACCCUCCACGUUGCCCUUCGCCGGUCACUGGUGGCGGCCAACUGCCGGUCACUGUAUUGGUCCACUGGUUCUGAGGUUGCCACCGGAUUAUGAUUAAGGCUAUUUUGGGGAAUAGGUGAUUGGAAAAUUUGAAAGCAACAGCUGUGCUCUCAAUAAUAAUUGCUGAAUUCAAGGAACAGGUGAGGAGCCCUAUUGACGCAAUACUUGAUGUCUUCUUCAUCAUCGACGACCAGUGUUCACGUCACUGCCUUGGACGGCCUGGUCAAUGUUAACUCUCUCUUCACCAUUGCUGUCUUCGUGGGUCUUUCGCUCACCACUCGCGACCAGCACAGCCUCGAGAAUCGGUCGACCUGCGAUGCUAGCAUCGACGUCGUGAAGAAGCUGUUGGUGUUUGAGGUGGUGUCUUUCAGCUUCUUCCUCUUCUCUUCGCUAGUUGCCCAAGGCUUGAAAUUGGCCAUCAAUCUUCUCAACAGCAAGGAAGCAGACGAGGCCUUCCGGGCCCACAUCAAUAUCAAGGCUCUGCGGUUUGGGAUGAUGGCUUCUGCUGUCGGAUCGGUGAUGGGUUGCUUGUUCUUGAUGUUGUCUAUGGUUAGUGUUAUCGAGAUUCGGCUGGGGAUGUUGGCUUGUGGGAGCAAAUCGGCCGUUCAUGCUGCCGCGGCUUUGAUUAUACUCGUUUCUUCUGCACUUCUUGUUUAUAUAUCUACGGCUAUUUAUGCAUUCCUCCACUGAAUAAUUAAGCCAAACCUAUGACUUUUGUCUCUUCCUAUUUGUUCCACUUGUGUUUACUUCUUCAUUAACUGUCCAUUUAUACGAUGAUGUUAUACAUA